UAGCUUCAUACGAACUACACUUCUGCUUUUACAAGCUCGCCGCCAUCUCGGUAAAGAAAAGAGACUGCAGUCGCUAUUUUGGCAACAGGAACAACCUAAACAAAACAAAAAACAAUCUCUCGAGUCACUUGAACGACUACUAAACGUUUUAUUUGAUACGUUAUUUGUGAUAUUUCAAACUGUGUUUCAUCCUCUCACGACGACGACGACGAAGAAGAAGAAGAAGCUACAUUAGCUAACUGUUAGCUUGUGACGUUGUUCGCUGAAGCGGGGAUUUCACAGACUGUUUAUGUUCUGUUCAGUCCGGACUCUGUUUAUGUUCUGUUCAGUCCGGAGACAUGUUGGACGGAACCUCAGCUCACGUCGAUGACUCCAGCAUCGGCGACGUGGAGAACAACAACCCGGUGUCGGUGGUUUCCGGCGGUGGCGAUGGGCUGAACUCGGGGAACAAAACGAGGCCGGUGAAGAAAGGAGGCAGGAAGCCGCUGCAGCGUCACCAGAAGCCCCCGAGGAACAACAACAACAACAACACCCUCCUGUCCGACCACAACAACAACAACAACAUCACCUCUCUGACCGCCUCAGCUGCUCAGCCCGGUACCGAGCUCCCUCCCGGUGCUCAGCCGGUACGGAGCCUCCAUCACCUCAAACAGGGAAAGAAAGAGCUGCUGAAAUCCAAAGGGGGCAGAUCGGAGCGAGGGGCCAUGCAGCAAGGUGGCCAACCCACCCGCAACCUGCCCAGGCACGAUCAGAUCACCCAGAACGCGAUCGCACGGGGACACAAGCCCAAGCAGGCCCAAAGCCCCGGUGCUCCUCACUCCGCAAAGAAGAAAGACAACACCACUCCGAAUAAACCCUCAUCUCUCCACCCGCCUCCGCUCAGAGAGCAGAAAAAACCCCUGCACGCCUCCAACAACGUGAAGAUUGUGAACGAAGCGCCUGCCGAGGAUGUGCCCGAAUCCCUCAAAGACGGGGAGAAAGUCUACGCUGGAGCUAAGUUCAGUGAGCCGCCAUCGCCGAGUGUCUUACCCAAACCGCCCAGCCACUGGGUCGGAGAAGACGAGCCUCAACAGAGCAACCAAAGCCGGGAGCAAAUGACUGUUCACUUGAAGUCGCUGCUCAAGGUGCAGGAUCAAUCAUGACCGACACCUGGAAAUUUAAAUAACGCCUGAUGCAAACGAUUGGAAAAUAUGCAUCCAGGUAAAUUGAGAUUGGCUUUUAACACACUGCAAUAUAAUGUUGAGUAAGUUUUUAUAGACAGUAAUACAAUUUCCCAUCAUUCAACAUGGCUGUCUGCAUUGCUGAACAUUACGGAGACGUCGUGUUUGCGCUGGAGUUCUGACUGCAAGAGGAAUAUGUCUGCCUUCAUGUUGGCAGCCGGGGCUGAGAGAGAAUAUGAAAGAGUUAGAGCAAACAAUGUGUUUUUUUUUCUACAAGAUGUGAAUAAGAGAGAAAGUGUUGGGGGGGGGUUGAGGUCGUCUCCAGCAGCAGCAACACGAUCCCAGUCUCACGUUUACAGUUUGUACAGAGAAGAGGUCACUUUCUUCUCGAGCGCUUUUGAAAUGGCAGCCUUCUGUUGACGGACUUUUUUUCAAGAAAAAGCUAGUUUAAAAUGUACAUAAUAUAUUGUAAGCACAUAUGUGUGUAUAUUUUUCCUUGUUGUUUUAACUGAGAUUCUAGUUUUGUUACUGAUGUUUUCCAAGAAAAGAAAAAAACAGCCACAAAAGAUUUAAAAAAAAAAAAAAAGUCCCCUGCAAACUGAGGCACUUUGUUAGCGCUCUUUCAGCAGACGGAAGGAAAAGAAAGACUUUUUGAUUUGCACUGAAAACUUGAAACAGGGAAAGGGCGGGAAACGCUCGUUUUGAUGUUCCAAAAGCUCGACCAGCCACUUAGUUGAAUUCACCAGCCAGCCUCGAGCAAAAAGGAGAGGACUUUCUAGAUCAUGGCUGGGUCACCUUUCAAAAAGAGGCUCAGAGAGCGGACAAAUCAAAAGGUUAUUUUUCCUUCCCUGGAAGCGGGUCCAGCCGGUGGAGAUCCUCGUGUGGAGUCAUGGACUGUGAGGCGGACGAAGCCUCUGUGAACCGAAGAGAAGACGGCAAUGUGAAAAGUCUCGCCAACCAGCUGCUGCAGGAAGCCGACGACCUGUAUCCAGACCCAAGCCUUUUGAUUUUUUAUUUUUGAACUUUAUUGCACUGACUUAGAAUACGUUCACAUUGAGCAGCAUCUUCUUUCUUUCGUUUUUUUUGCCUUCUGUCCACACUUUGUUUUUCAUUCUUUUUCAGGUUAAUGUCCAGAAUUUUAGAUUUCCUACAUGAUCCGAGUUCAACGAAUAGUAACAAUCAAUACCUCUUUGAUACAGACAGUUAGUUCCUCUUGUUUUUACCAGCGUGCACACAGUUCUGCUACAGACAAAUCACUGCACACAUGCCAGGGCAUUUCUAAUAACAUUGACAAUAAGUAAAGGCAUUAUGUACGAUUUCUAAAAACCAGUUUGUCCGCUUGUACAAAAAACAUUACUGCAUCUUAAUCAUCGCUGGUGACCCACCAGUUGCUGUGAACCUAUCAGAAACAACGCUGCUUCCUCUUGUUGGCUUGGUACCUUUGGGUCCAGACUCUGGUUAGGGAGCGUUCUGUCUCCCUAACCAGAACCUAAACCUUUGUUGAAUGUUUCAAAACAAAGGACAUUGCGUCCUUUUUAGACGCAAGGUGUGGUUAGAGUAAUGAUGCUCGUCAUUGUUUGAGAGUGUUUGGCAGAACAUUGAAAAAGACACUCCUCCGUCAUAUUUACCUGCAGUGCAGACGAUCAGCAGCAUCUUGGAUUUGAUGCGCUGCCAUUUUUAAUAGAAGAUGAUGUUUGACUUUUUUAAUUUUUUUUAAAGAUAUUUUUGGGGUCCAUUUUUGCCUUUAUUGGAUAUGACAGCCGAAGAGUGAAAGGAAAUAUGUGGAGAGAGAGUAGGGAGAGAGAGUAGGGGGAUGACAUGCCGCAAAGGGCCGAGGUCGGACUUAAACCCACGGCCGUUGCGAACGAGGACCAUGGCCUCUGUACACGGCCUCUGGGCGUGCGGCAUAACCACUAGGCUACCGGCGCCCCAUGUUUAAACAGUUUUAACAAUGGCAAGAAAAAAAAGUCAGACAUCCAAUCUUCUGCUUUUCCAUCCUGGUUCUGUUCACGUUGACAUGAUUGGAUUUUUAGAUCAGGCUUUUGUUUUUGUUCUUUUGGUGCUGACAGCGGUGCUCGUGAAAACAUCAAUAUUCAACAAAUACUCAAAGAAUGAAUCUGAGUUUAAUACGGGUGAUCUAAAUCUAAACUGUAUGUCUGUUUAGUUAUUACACACAGAUUGUAGGAGUUUUCUAUCGGCCUUUUUUUCCAGCAGUUUUUGACUCAUUACCUCUUCUUGUUUACAGUCAGCUCUUCAUGUGUGGAAACAAACACUCUGCACGGCUCGGUUAAUAAUUAGAGUAUAUUUGGCUUCAUGUCAACACGUUAGUCAUGAUUACAAUCUCUUUCAUUAGAUUUGAAAACACCCCUUUGUCACAAUAAGGACCAAAACUGAAUUAAUAUUAAUAAUAUUAAUUAAUGCACAGUACUUUAUCAAGACUUGGAAGCAUAAUCUGUGCAUACUUGACUUAGGGAGCUGCUACAUUUGUUUCUGUUGUUUCCGUCAUCACAAACCGCAGCAGUGACUUUCGUGUUUCCAAAAGUACAGCUGUUUAGUUGUUGUCUUUCCUCUUCUGCAAACACGAAGGCAAGGUUGGAGAACGGAAAAUAAGCGCGGGAUUGGCAGAUGGUCUUGCAUCUGGUUAUGAUGAUUGAAAUCAAAUAUCUUCUGAUAGUCAUGAUUGAACAGUCAGUUACUCACAGUGAUUAUUUGUGGCAGUACUCAUGAUCUCUGCACACCUGCAUACGUCAGGUGCUUCAGAGGGACGAGGGUAAAACUUAAAGACAAUGAGAGAGAGGCUCCCGCACUCUGUCUCCUAUGGUGGCCAGGAAGUGCAAACCAAAGUAACAAGAUGUGAAACACUUUUAGAAAAGUUGAUACACAUUUACAAGUGCAAGAAUCUUGGCAGAAAGGGAAUUUGCCAAAUGCCAGAAGUGACCGAGUGAGCCGUCAAUUAGUUUGUUUUGGACGUAGAGACUGAGGGAAAUGUCUUAUACAGAGUAUAUGUUGACCCAAUGAUGUUUUUUCCAUUUUGGGGGACACACAUGAGACGGUUAACACAGUCUUUCCUGUCAAAACAAAUUAAUUGACGGCACACUCGGGUCACUGGAAUCUGCAAAAGUCUGCCGAUUGUAAAUUUGUGUCUGCGCUCGUACACGUGUGUUGCAUCUUGUAAAUGUGUCUCAAGCUUUGCAAAAGUUCUCACACUUUGUAAAUUUAGUCUGCACUUCCCAGCCACCGUAAUCUCGCUUUAUGCUGAUACAGUUUAUCAGAGCAUACAACGUUUCAGUCUAACUGAUAUACUGAAUGUACCUGAGUUGUGCGGGAGACUUUCUCAUUGUCUUUAAAUUCUCAUAAUCCAAAAACAAUGACUCGAUCAGCACUUAGCUGCAGCAGCCAGGACACGAUGAAUAAUAAUAAUCUUGUAUUAUCGAGCAAUAGAAACGGAAACAAAACGAGGACAGAGAAAAACAUUUCAUGACACUCCUCUGAAGAUGUUUGAUGUGAGGCCCGUUUAGUUUUUACUAAAUGGAUAAGUGGAGAAAGUACAAGAGAUUUAGAGGUUUGAUUUUGGAUGCAGAUCUAAAAAAAAAAAACCGUUGUGUGGACGCAUUUUGUUUUUAAAAUGGAUUUUAAAAGUUGUACGGCUUCAUGUGAACGUAAUCUUUCUGUGUCUGUAUUUUUGCAUUAUGUUUAAAGGGGACUUAUUUCAGCACAUGACUUCACAUGCAUCUUUCUUUACCUUUUCUAUUGUCCAGGAUGCUUUGAAUCACGGCAUUAACGUAUUCCAAGAGUACAGUGUGUGUUGAAUGUGGCACCGGUGAUCUUGUGAUUACAGAAUGUACCAUGUAUGUGUUUUUUUGUUUUGUUUUUUACGUUGAAUGGUUUCUGGGAUGCAGGCAGCUGCUGGAUCUCGUAUCUUGACCUCUGUGACGUCACGUUAAUGGAAACUUGUAUUACUGUACCAAGAGCGGCCCAUGUUAUUGCAGUGUUUUAAAAGGAUUAAGUCAAGUUAUGGUGAGGCUGUGAUGAGCUCACACCCAUGAUACAAUUUGGUUUAAAAAAAAGAAGAUUAUUUUAUGAAGCGUUUCAUAUCUAAGUUAAAAAUGACAUUAAAAUAUUGGCUACCCUUA